CUCCCUUGCUCCGUGAGAGACGCUCAUGUAGGAGGGUUGCAUUCUCAUGCCAGUACCCCAGUCUCGUCGAUAAAGACCUGCCUCUCCCACGUGUAACCAUCGAGGCUCUUGCUUGUCUGAGACCAUUCCAUUGAGCCCUCUUCACCUCUUAUAUCCCCCCCUUCUCCCCCCCCAGCACCAUCGGUCUUGGUUGUUGUUGUGUCUGUGCUGUCCGGUCUCCUAUUCUCUUUCUCUUUCUCUUCCAGGCCCAAGCCGGGUCAUCGUCCACCAUGGCCAAUUACAUGCCUACUGGGGGCCUUCAGCCAGUCGCCAUCGACCAUGACCUGAUCAACACCGCUGUUGAGAAGGAGUCCGAGGCGCUGGAGAAGCCCCAGAUUACCGAGCGCGUCUGGGGCUUCGCGGCCCGUAUCGAUCCCACCGUCUCCUUCGAGGAGUACCAGUACUGGGCCAAGAUCGAACGUGAGGAGGAAAACCAGGCCAACAUCGAGUUCAAGGCCGAGCACGGCCCUCGAACCGUCAAGAGCGUCCUGCUUGGUCGUUUCUCCAAGGGCAUCCACCACGAGAACAAGAAGAAGGCCGAGGCGGCCGCUGCCGCCGCUGCUGCCGAGAACAGCGGCAAUGUCUCUCCCACAGAGGAGAAGAGCGGCAUCGUUGCCGCGGCUCAGAAGAGUGCCAGUCUCCCGACAGAGGCAGAAUGGAAGCAGGCUUCUCGUGCCAUGAGAACUGCCAGUUGGGGCACCAUGUUCUACCUCAUCACGACUGAUAUCCUGGGUUGGUCGUCAACUCCCUUCGUCUUUGCCAGUGUCGGUUUCGGCCCUGGUGUCGCCCUGUACAUUGUCUUUGGCGCUGCUGCCGCCUUCUCCGGUUACAUCCUGUGGAAAGUCUUCCUUGGCCUCGACUCGUCUCGCUACCCCAUGGUCUCGUUCGGUGACACGUACUUUCGCGUGUACGGACCGUUUGCUCGCCACUUCAUCAACAUCGCCCAGGCCAUCCAGCAGUUCAUGACCGUCGCCGUGCUGAUUCUCGGCAGCGGCACGACCAUUGCUCAGCUGGCCAGCGAGAAGAUUUGCUUCGUUGCCUGUCUCAUCAUCUUCAUGGUGGUGGGCAUGGUCUUUGGCAGCAUCCGAUCCCUGCAGCGCAUCGGCUGGCUCGCCAACUUGUCCGUCUGGAUCAACAUCGUCUCCUUCAUCAUCAUCAUGGUUGCCUGCGCCAACUACCCCAUCGACUACUCCGCCGUGACCAGCUCCACGCUGAUCAAGACCAUCGAGCCCAUCAAGCUGUUUGCCGGCCCUCCCCCGGACCAGUACCAGCAGCAGGCUUACGGCUUCGCCGGCCAGUUCAACGGCAUCAACCAGAUGGUGUACAGCUACGGCGGUGCCCUGCUCUUCAUCGCCUUCCUGGCUGAGAUGCGCCACCCUUGGGACUUCUGGAAAGGCAUGCUCUGCGCCCAGACUUUCAUCUGCGUCGUCUACAUCUUCUUCGGAGCCUUUGUCUACGGUCAUUACGGACAGUACUCUGCUUCCAACAUCAACACCGUCAUCCAGCCCUUUAGCCUGCAGACGGCGAACAACGUUCUGGGUUUGGUUACCGGAGCCAUCGCUUGUCUCAUGUACAUGAACGUCGGCAUGAAGACUGUCUACGUCGAAGUCUUCCAGGAGAUUCUCGGCCUCCCCCCGAUCACGACCCGCCGCGGCCGCUGGCUGUGGUACGCCCUGGGCCCCCUCUACUGGGCCCUCGCCUUUGUCGUCGGUGCCGCCGUCCCCAACCUGAACGGCAUCUCCGGCAUCGUCGGCGCCCUCCUCAUCCUCAACUUCACCUACACCUUCCCGGCCUUCCUGUACAUUGGCUACCGCGUCAAGGUGGACGCUGCCCUGCCUGGCGAGGGUUUCGACCCCGUGACGCGCGUGACUACCCGCCACGACUCUGGCUGGAAGCGCUGGAAGCGCGGAUUCAUGGUCAACUGGCACGUCAACAUCAUGAACAUCAUCUACUUCCUCGGCGGUCUGGUCUGCUCGGGCAUGGGCUCGUGGGCCGCCAUUGAGGGUCUCAUCCAGAUCUUUGGACCCGGAGGUACUGUCGCUACUUCUUUUGGCUGCGCGGCGCCUGUGUAAAUA